AUGGUGGCCCGACCGCGAUCCCCUCACGGGGCUUUAAUACCACAAUUCUACGCCGGAAGAAACAUCUUCAUUACAGGGGCCACUGGGUUCAUGGGAAAGGUACUGAUAGAGCGUCUUUUAUCAACAUGUCCAGACAUUGGGACAUUACAUCUGUUGAUGCGGCAAAAGAAAGGUGUGUCAGUGGAAAAGAGACUGCAACAGUUAAAACAAUCGCAGGCAUUCGACGUACUUCGUCAGAAAAAUCCGACACAACUUGACAAGUUAAAUAUAAUACCGGGUGAUGUAGCCCAACCGAACCUUGGUAUACUUCCGGAAUAUUUAACUAAAUUACACGAGGUUUCCAUUGUCUUCCACUCAGCAGCUACUCUGAAAUUUGACGAAGCGUUACCGAAGGCAGUAGAACAGAAUGUUCUCUCAGUUAUACGAUUGAUGGAUAUCUGUGACUAUUUACCUAAUAUCGAGGCCUUACUCCACGUAUCGACAGCAUAUAGCAAUCCUGAACAAUUGACAGUAGAAGAAAAAAUAUACACUCCCACCACUCCACUUCCAAGGCUCUUGGCUUUGGUUGAAGCUGUGCCGUCUCCGCUAUUAAAAGAUAUAACUCCACAAUACAUAUACCCCAAACCAAAUACAUACACUUACACCAAAGCAAUGGCCGAAGAAGCCAUAAGAUCACGAACUUCACGUCAAUAUCCUAUUGCUAUAUUCAGACCAACAAUCGUGGUUUCGUCUCUUCGCCAUCCGUUUCCCGGUUGGGUAGAAAAUUUAAACGGGCCUAGUGGGGUCGCUGCUGCAGCCGGUAAAGGCCUCUUGCAUGUAUUCAGACGGGAUCCUACCAAACGGGCCGAUUUAUUGCCAGUGGAUAUAGCUAUAGACACUUUAUUAGCUAUAGCCUGGGAGACAGCUGUAGAUAAACCUACCCAUGUGAUGGUGUAUAACUGUAGUACAUGUGAAAAUCCUACUAAGUGGGUCGAAUUUGAAGAUGCUUUACAAAAGUAUCUUCCUAAAUACCCCCUAGACGCUGCACUAUGGUAUCCCUCUGGGACUGGAGUUGAAAACAAAUACGUUCACAAGACACUGGAGUUCACUCUCCAGACAAUACCAUUACAUUUAGCAGAGUACAUGCUUAAAAUAUUAGGAGUAAAAAUGGGCAUAAGUUUAAUAACGGCCGAAAAGAAAAUGCGAGCGAUGAACGAUGUAUUAGCAUUCUUCGCUCUUAGAGAGUGGCAUUUCCGCACGGACAAUGUAAAAAAAUUAAGGCAGAGACUUACACCACAAGAUAGAGAGAUUUAUAAUUUAGAUCCACAGAGUAUAGAAUGGGACAACCACUAUAAGGAUUUUGUAAAAGGGACCAGAAAAUAUUUGCUAAAGGAAUCAGAUGAAAACAUUCCCGUUGCGACACGACAUAUCAACAGGCUUUACUACGUUCACAAAGGUCUAAUGUUAUUUUCAAUCAUACUCUUCCUACGACUUCUGCUACAAAACAAGUUCAUAAAAGAAUUUGUAUACGGAACUUUGAGGUUAUUGCUAGCACUUCUUGAUGAUGGAUAUUCUUCAAUAAUGAGUUUCGAAUGA